AUGGCAUUAAUUAAAAACAAAAUCAGUGUUUUGUCAAAACAAAGUCCAGAAUCUACUGAACAAACUAUUCGUGUGAAUGGAUUGAGUGAUCCCUUUCAUUGGCUUCAAAUCAUUGCCUGGCUUUUCGUUGUAUUAAUUAGUGUCAUAUGCUUUACAUUCAUUGUACCCACACUUCCCUCAACACCUAUCAGGUGUACAGUAGUCGUCAUCAAACUCCUGGUAAUUAUUAUUCACUUUAUAACUCAUAUCAAAGCGAUAACUAUAAAUCCGGCCGACGAUGCCGUUAUCGAUAAGCUCGAUGUUACCCGAAAUCGGCCGAAGUUUGACCGCAACAAACACUCGCAUGUUAUUGAAAACCAGUUUUGCUAUAUUUGCGAAACUACUGUCGGCUCUAAAUCCAAACACUGUAGUCUAUGUAAUAAAUGUGUGUCUAAUUUUGAUCAUCACUGUAAAUGGCUUAACAAUUGUGUCGGCGGUAAAAAUUAUAGAUGGUUUAUAUAUUGUGUAUUAUCGGCAUUAUUAGGAAUAGCCAUAAUAUUUGUUAACACUUUAAUUUUGACAAUUGCUUACUUCAAUCAUAACAGUUGGCUCUAUGAUCGUACAAAAACUUUGUUAUAUUUUAAUAAUGACUCGCAUAUCAACCAAUGUCUACAAAUUGUAUGGAUUGUGGUCAUCAUAUCAACUCUCAUCCUAUCGUCGAUAGCUAUCAUAUUAUUAACACAUUUACUCGGUUUUCAUUUGUAUUUAAAUUGUGUAGGACUUUCCACAUAUGAGUUUGUAGUACAGCAUCGCAACAAACAAAAGGAUAAGUCAUUUAUGUCAAGAAUAUUGAAUGGCAAUCAACGCAACAAAUUAGUUACAAGUUUUCACAAAUGGAUAGGAAUUGCCAUUUGUGACAACAAACGGAUUAAACCAUUAGAUCCAACAAUUUAUAACUCAACAACUCAUAGCAGCAAAGCUUCAAAAGACAGACAAUUCAUACAAAGUAUUAUUAAAGAUGUCUCUAAUGAAGAACAUAUCACAUCACAGGAAAUAUCAACUAUAAUGAAGUGUUUAGAAACUGUUCCCAACAAAGAAGUUCAGACUGAAAAUAAUACAAUAGUUAAGGCAUCGCCAAUAAAUCAACAGAAAAGUAGUCGACAAUUAAGUGAUAAUUUCUCACAAAAUAAUGCGAAUAAUGGCAAAAAUAUUAUUUCAGUUACUGAAGAAAAUCAUGAGAAAAAUCAAAUGAUAACAUCUGUAGAAUCAAAUGAAUCGUUUAAUGAGACAAAAAGUCAUAACCAAACCAAUAGUCAGCCUAUAUUAAAGCCAAUUGAAGACUCAAAAGUUGUCACCAAUAGGUUAUCUUUUUUAAGUCCGACUGAUUUUGUCAUUCCUGACCAUUGGACACAAACGGGAUUUAUGGGCCCUUCCAGUCCUUCCAAUAAACUACACAUCCGUUACAAUACAUACAAACUUAAUGAUAAUUUUAGACUCAAUUCACUUCAAUUACAUAGAAAUAGAUUACAUUUAAAUAAAAACAAUAAUUUAACUGAAUCUGAGCUAAUAUCACAAGAAAUGGCUAAUAGUUAUCCA